AAUCAAAAAUAAUUUGUAGAGAGGGAGAGGGAGAGGGAGAGGGAGAUAUAGAGCGAGAAACAAGGCGCGGAGAGGCCGUCCGAAAACAACACAACGUACACAGCACCCAGCGCUGCACCCUGCACCCUGCACCUUCACCUGCUACUGGACUGGAAGUUCCUCCUCUUUUUCAUUUUUUUUUAUCUUUCAAAGAAAUUUCUGGUCGUCGUCGCUUUUUCUUUCUGUCCAACUCGCUUCUUCCCAUUCUUGGAUUAGACUUUAGGCCUCCUCGAAAUUCGAACUUGAUACUCCUCCUAAUACUGCACUUUCCCGAAAUUGCGUAAAUCACCUCCAUCGCCAGAUCACCCCAACUUAUAUCCAUUUCCCAUUUUUUCCCCUUCUCAAGUUUAUACCAUAUUUAAAUUUAUUCAGAUCUUGCUAAUUUGAUUUGCUUCCCUAAUUUACUCCGAUCGAUCAGUCCAAUCCAUCUUUCCGUCCUCCGAUCACAUCUUUCUUUUAUUAAUCCAAUCUUAAUGUAAUGUGAAGAGUGUAUAUACAAAUUCCUUGUUUUCUAAUACUAGUAGCAUAUUUUGUCAGGCUAAGUUGAUUUUCCUUCUUUUUUCUUUUUCGUGGAAUUUUGGGGUUGGUGAGCUGUGGUGGUUCUGAUAGAAGAGUUCUUUUAAUUUUUUGGGUUAUUGGAUCGACGGCCGCCCGGAGGUAGCUGUCGGAUGAAAGAGGAAAGGGGUGUCGGAUAAUACUAGUACAUGUUUAACAAAAAAUCGACGAUGAAAUGGGCAACAUUGCUUAAAGACUUCAAAGAAAAGGUAGGUUUAUCGCAGACCCCAUCCGCCGCAGCAUCCUCGUCUUCUUCUUCUUCUGCUGUCUCCUCCCCGUUUCCUGAUUACAAUGCGUUCUCAUCCAACCAAGAAUUCUCGUCAUCACCUUCAAGGGACAAAUAUGAACUGGAAUUGGAUUUUAAGAGAUAUUGGGAAGAGUUCCGGUCUUCAAUUUCUGAGAAGGAGAAGGAAAAGGCCUUGAAUUUAACUAUUGAUGUUUUCUGUAGAUUAGUAAAGCAGCACGGAAAUGUUGCUCAACUAAUUACGAUGCUGGUAGAGACACACAUAUUUUCGUUUGUUGUGGGAAGAGCAUUUGUAACAGAUAUUGAAAAGUUGAAACUUAGCAGCAAAACCAGAUCUUUGGAAGUUCGUAGAGUUCUAAACUUUUUUGCAGAAGUCACAAAGGAUGGUGUGCGUCCUGGUGCAAAUUUAUUGCAUGCUGUGGAAGUCCUUGUAUCUGGGCCUAUUGAUAAACAAUCACUCCUGGAUUCUGGGAUCUUAUGUUGUCUCAUCCAUGUUCUCAAUGCUCUUCUGGGUCCGGAUGGAGGCAACCAGAGGCAAAAGAUUCUUGAUCAUCAGGAGCCAUUAUUAACUGAAGGAAUCCAAAAUGAUGACAAUGGAUAUGCCCGCCGGCUCGAGGUUGAAGCAAGUGUUGUCCAUGUUAUGAAAGCUUUGGCCAGCCAUCCUUCAGCUGCACAAAGUUUAAUAGAGGACAAUUCACUUCAAUUACUCUUUCAAAUGGUUGCCAAUGGUUCUUUAGUUGUUUUCUCCCAAUAUAAGGAAGGUCUAGUUCCCUUGCAUAACAUACAGCUUCACAGACAUGCAAUGCAGAUACUUGGCCUUCUACUGGUUAAUGAUAAUGGCAGCACUGCCAAGUAUAUAAGGAAGCAUCAUCUGAUAAAAGUACUUCUGAUGGCUGUAAAGGAUUUUGAUCCUGAUUGUGGGGAUUCUGCCUACACGAUGGGCAUUGUGGACUUACUUCUUGAAUGUGUUGAGUUGUCGUACAGACCAGAUGCUGGAGGUAUCAGGCUGAGGGAGGAUAUCCACAAUGCCCAUGGUUACCAAUUCCUUGUCCAGUUUGCAUUAGUUCUUGCUAAAGAUAAAGGUGGUCAGAGAUUUCAUUCCAACUGUAUUCCCAGUGAAGACCCUGCUCUAGGAAAUCUGUCUUCUGAUGAUUGUAUUGAGAGCAAGAACACUGGGGAAAAAGGAUCGGAGCUCUCUUCGAAAUGUCUCUCUCCUACAUUAUCGAGGUUGCUUGACGUUCUUGUUAAUCUUGCUCAGGCUGGUCGAGCUGAUUCUUAUGGAUCACCUGGGUCCAAAGUGUCCAGAGGUUCUCAUGCAAAGCCUGCAGGGCAUGGCAGAAGUCGUACAUCAUCAGCUGACAGACUAACUGAUGAACUUUGGGAGAAAGAUAAUGACAAAAUCAAGGAUCUUGAAGCUGUUCAAAUGUUUCAGGAUAUUUUUCUUAAAGCAGGUAGUAGGGAACUGCAGGCAGAAGUAUUAAAUAGAAUGUUCAAGAUAUUCUCCAGUCAUAUUGAAAACUACAAGUUGUGUCAACAGUUGCGGACUGUGCCCCUUUUGAUCCUCAACAUGGCUGGGUUUCCCCCAUCUUUGCAAGAGAUUAUUCUGAAAAUUCUUGAAUAUGCUGUGACUGUUGUUAAUUGUAUUCCCGAACAGGAACUACUUUCUCUUUGUUGUUUGCUCCAGCAACCAAUUACAUCUGAAUUGAAGCAUACAAUUCUUUCUUUCUUUGUUAAGCUGUUAUCUUUUGAUCAGCAGUACAAGAAAGUCCUAAGAGAGGUAGGUGUGCUUGAAGUUCUGUUAGAUGAUCUAAAACAGCACAAACUCCUCUUAGGACCAGAUCAGCAAAAGAAUGAUCUUAAUCAGUUGGAGAGAAAAUCUAGUUCAAGCAACUUCAAGAAACAUAUGGACAGUAAAGAUACGAUUCUUUCUUCACCCAAACUCUUGGAAUCUAGUUCUGGUAAACUCCCUCUUUUUGAGAUAGAAGGCACGAUUGCAGUUUCAUGGGAUUGUAUGGUCUCCUUAUUGAGGAAAGCUGAAGCUAAUCAAGCAUCAUUUCGGUCCUCUAGUGGGGUGCCCUUUGUCCUUCCUUUUCUUGUAUCUGAUAUUCACCGCCCUGGUGUCCUUCGGGUCUUAUCCUGCUUGAUCAUUGAAGAUUCUGCUCAGGUUCAUCCAGAAGAGCUGGGAGCACUAGUUGAAGUUCUAAAAAGUGGAAUGGUCACAAGUGCUUCAGGAUCUCAAUACAGACUACAGGAUGACGCAAAAUGUGAUACAUUUGGAGCCUUAUGGCGGAUUCUGGGCAUUAAUAGUUCUGCUCAACGGGUUUUUGGUGAAGCAACUGGAUUUUCUCUUCUGCUAACCACGCUUCACAGUUUUCAAAACGAUGGAUACACAAAAGAGUAUUCCUUGGUGGUGUACAUUAAGGUGUUUACAUAUUUGUUGCGUGUAAUAACAUCUGGGGUUUGUGAUAAUGCUGUUAACAGGGUAAAGUUGCAUUCUGUUAUAUCCUCCCAAACAUUUUAUGAUCUUCUAUUGGAGUCUGGGUUGAUUUGUGUGGAGUGCGAAAGGCAAGUUAUACAGUUGUUGCUGGAGCUUGCUCUUGAGAUAGUGCUUCCUCCCUUCUUGUCAUCAGAAGCUGUUGCAUCAUCGGAUAAUUUGGAAAAUGGGUCUGUUAGUUCUCUUAUGAUUAUUCCAUCUGGGUCUUCUGUUCCUGAUAAGGAACGGGUGUAUAAUGCUGGUGCAGUUAGGGUCCUGAUACGAUCUUUGUUGCUCUUCACUCCAAAGGUGCAAUUAGAAGUGCUAAAUAUGAUUGAAAAGCUUGCUCGUGCUAGCUCUUUUAAUCAAGAAAACCUUACGUCUGUAGGUUGUGUUGAACUUCUGCUUGAGACAAUAUACCCAUUCCUUUCUGGCUCAUCACCGCUGCUGUCAUACGCUCUGAAGAUUGUGGAGGUUCUUGGAGCAUAUAAGUUAUCAACUUUGGAGCUUAGAGUGCUCGUUAGGUAUAUCCUGCAAAUGAGAUUAGCAAGUUCUGGUCGUUUUCUCUUUGAUAUGGUGGAAAAACUGAUUCUUACCGAGGAUAUGGAUUCAGAAAAUGUUUCUUUAGCACCGUUUGUUGAGAUGGAUACGAGCAAGUUGGGUCAUGCUUCCAUUCAAGUGCCACUAGGUGAAAGAUCUUGGCCUCCUGCCGCUGGUUAUUCUUUUGUCUGUUGGUUUCAAUUCCGGAAAUUCUUGAAAUCACCAUUGAAAGAGGCAGAGGCUUCCAGACCUGGAUCAUCCAGAAGGCAAAGCGUAACUGGUGGACAGCUUCCUAUCUUUCUCCGAAUAUUUUCUGUUGGGGCAGCAGAUAGUGGAAGCACCUUUUAUGCGGAGCUUCGUCUUGAUGAAGAUGGUGUUUUGACCCUUGCCACAAGCAGCUCUUCCUCCUUAUCAUUUUCUGGCUUAGAAAUUGAGGAAGGUCGAUGGCAUCACCUUGCUGUUGUACAUAGUAAACCAAAUGCUUUGGCUGGACUAUUCCAAGCUAGUUUUGCUUAUGUUUAUCUUAAUGGAAAGCUUAGGCACACAGGGAAAUUAGGAUAUUCUCCCUCUCCUGCUGGGAAGCCCCUCCAAGUAACAAUUGGCACACCAGCUACUUGUGCUAGAAUUAGUGAUUUGUCAUGGAAGCUUAGAUCUUGUUAUCUUUUUGAGGAGGUGCUGUCACCAGGUUCUAUUUGUUUCAUGUAUAUUCUCGGAAGAGGAUAUAAGGGGCUGUUUCAAGAUACUGAUCUUUUGCAAUUUGUUCCAAACCAAGCAUGUGGUGGAGGUAGUAUGGCCAUUUUAGAUGCUUUGGACACUGAUUUACUUCUUUCUUCUGGCACGCAAAAGCCUGAGGGUGCAGGCAAGACAGGUAGCUCAAAGGCUGAUCGUAGUGGGUUUGUUUGGGAUUCAGAAAAACUUGGAAACCUGUCGCUCCAGCUUUUGGGUAAGAAACUGAUAUUUGCAUUUGAUGGCACGAGUACAGAAUUACUGCGUGCUUCUGGAACUUCUUCUUUGCUCAAUCUUGUUGAUCCAAUGUCCUCUGCAGCUUCUCCUAUUGGUGGAAUACCACGUUUUGGACGGCUUCUUGGCGAUGUUUUUGUUUGUAAGCAGUGUGUGAUUGGUGACUCCAUUCGCCCAAUUGGUGGAAUGGCUGUUGUCCUAGCCCUUGUUGAAGCUUCUGAAACCAGGGAGAUGUUGCACAUGGCCUUGACAUUACUUGCCUGUGCACUUCAUCAGAAUCCUCAGAAUGUGAGAGACAUGCAAAAAUACCGAGGAUACCACUUGCUUGCUCUUUUUUUGCAUCGCAGGAUGUCAUUGUUUGACAUGCAAUCACUUGAGAUCUUUUUCCAGAUUGCUGCAUGUGAAGCAUCUUUUUCUGAACCCAGGAAGGUUGAAAUUCCUCGUAAUUUAUCACCUACUCUAUCCCCUCCAGAAACCAGCUUUGAGGAGCUUAAUUUAUCAAAAUUCCGUGAUGAGUUUUCAUCAGUUGGGUCUCAUGGAGAUUUGGAUGAUUUCUCUGCCCAAAAAGAUUCAUUUAGUCAUAUUUCAGAGCUUGAAACAUCUGACAUGCCUUCUGAAACAUCUAACUGCAUAGUUUUAUCAAAUGCUGACAUGGUUGAGCAUGUCUUGUUGGACUGGACCCUUUGGGUCACAGCUCCAGUACCUAUUCAAAUUGCUCUUUUGGGCUUUCUUGAGCAUCUAGUCUCCAUGCAUUGGUACAGAAACCAUAAUCUCACAAUUCUUCGGAGAAUUAACCUUGUUCAACAUCUACUAGUAACUCUUCAAAGGGGUGAUGUUGAAGUUCCUGUGUUAGAGAAACUAGUUGUACUAUUAGGGGUUAUUUUGGAAGAUGGAUUUCUGGCUUCUGAGUUGGAACACGUGGUUAGGUUUACAAUUAUGACAUUUGAUCCACCAGAACUGAUGUCACGUCAUCAAAUAACACGAGAGGCAAUGGGGAAACAUGUUAUAGUAAGAAAUAUGCUACUUGAGAUGCUAAUUGAUCUACAGGUGACAAUCAAAUCAGAGGAGUUGCUUGAGCAGUGGCAUAAAAUUGUUUCAUCAAAAUUGAUAACUUAUUUUCUUGAUGAAGCUGUUCAUCCUACAAGCAUGAGAUGGAUCAUGACUCUUCUUGGUGUCUGCCUUGCGUCUUCCCCUACGUUCACACUCAAGUUUCGUUCAAGCGGAGGAUAUCAAGGUUUGGCAAGGGUGCUUCCAAGUUUUUAUGACUCUCCGGAUAUUUAUUAUAUUCUGUUUUGUUUGAUAUUUGGCAAGCCUGUUUAUCCAAGAUUACCAGAAGUCCGAAUGCUCGACUUCCAUGCCCUUAUGCCAAAUGACGGAAACUACAGGGAGUUAAAAUUUGUUGAAUUAUUAGAUGCAGUGGUUGCAAUGGCAAAAUCAACAUUUGAUAGGUUAUCUAUGCAGUCAAUGCUUGCCCACCAAACAGGCAAUUUUUCGCAAGUUGGUGUCGGUCUGGUGGCAGAACUAGUAGAAGGAAAUGCAGACAUCGGUGGAGAUCUUCAGGGCGAAGCACUGAUGCACAAAACUUAUGCAGCUCGCCUUAUGGGGGGAGAAGCUCCUGCUCCUGCUGCUGCUACCUCAGUCCUUAGAUUCAUGGUUGAUCUGGCAAAGAUGUGUCCUCCUUUCUCUGCUGUCUGCAGACGAGCUGAAUUUCUAGAAGGCUGUGUUGACCUUUAUUUUUCCUGUGUGAGGGCUGCUCAUGCUCUGAAGAUGGCAAAAGAUCUAUCUGUAAAGGUAGGAGAGAAGAACAUAAAUGAUGGUGAUGAUACCUGCAGUUCUCAGAACACUUUCUCAAGCUUGCCUCAAGAACAAGAACAAUCCAUUAAGACUUCAAUAAGCAUAGGGAGCUUUCCUCAGGGGCAGGUUAGUACAAGUUCUGAAGAUGUUGCCAUUAUGCCAAAUAAUAUGGUUGGUCAUAUAUCAGAAGUAUAUAAUACUGCAUCGCAGCAGGAGGUGGAGAAAGUAGUUCAAGAAGAUGUUCAAUCAAUUCCUAAUUCAGAUGUAGAACCUGGUGACCAGGGGUCCACUGUGACUUCUGGCAGUAAUGAGUUAAGUUUCCGUGAUGCAAAAAGCACACAAGAUCAAGUUCUCGAAGAUUCUCAGUUUGAAUCCCCUAAUGUAUCUGAGAGAUCUAGUUCUAGAAUCUCAGUCACAACUUCCUCAACUCCUAUUGUGGCAUUGACUUCAUGGCUAGGAUCAGUGAGUCACAGUGAAUUGAAAGGGCAUUUGGCAGACACUCCUUCUAUGGAAUCUUCUACAUCUAUUAAUGAAAUCGAACCUUCUUCUGAUCUUAAGUCCGGUUCUCAGGGACAGUUUUCCGCAAACACAUUAUUUGCACUGAACCCGAAGCUACUUCUUGAAGUGGAUGAUUCUGGUUAUGGUGGUGGGCCAUGUUCUGCUGGAGCUACUGCUGUGUUGGAUUUUAUGGCAGAAGUUCUUUCUGAUUUUGUUACUGAACAAAUCAAAUCAGCUCCUCUCAUUGAGACUAUUCUGGAAAGUGUCCCUAUAUAUGUUGAUGCUGAAUCUGUUUUAGUUUUUCAGGGGUUGUGCCUUAGUAGAUUGAUGAACUUUGUUGAAAGGCAGCUACUGCGUGAUGAUGAGGAAAAUGAGAAAAAGUUAGAUAAGAGCCGCUGGUCCUUGAACUUGGAUGCUUUAUGCUGGAUGAUAGUCGAUCGUGUGUAUAUGGGGGCUUUUCCUCGGCCUGCUGAUGUAUUGAAGACUUUGGAAUUCCUCUUGUCCGUGUUGCAACUGGCAAACAAGGAUGGUCGAAUUGAAGAGGCAACUCCCACUGCAAAAGGGCUGUUAUCGAUUGGUAGAGGAAGCAGGCAGCUUGAUGCCUACAUACAUGCAUUGUUCAAGAAUAUGAACCGAAUGAUAUUGUUCUGUUUCCUUCCCUCAUUCUUGAUCACUUUAGGAGAAGAUGAACUUCUUUCAAGCUUAGGCUUGCAAAUGGAGCAGAAAAGAUUGUUCCCAAACAGUUUACCUGAAGAUAGAACUGUUGAUAUUUGUACAGUUUUGCAGUUACUAGUUGCUCAUAGACGGUUAAUAUUUUGCCCCAGCAACCUUGACACUGAUCUUAAUUGCUGCCUCUGUGUUAAUCUGAUAUCACUACUGCGGGACAAUAGACAAAAUGUACAGAGCAUUGCUGUUGAUAUUCUCAAGUAUCUUCUGGUGCAUCGUAGGGUUGCAUUUGAGGACUUGCUCGUCUCCAAACCUAACCAAGGGCUUCCUCUGGAUGUCCUACACGGUGGUUUUGACAAGCUUUUAACUGGAAGUUUAUCAGCAUUUUAUGAGUGGCUCCACCUUUCUGAACAAAUUGUCAAUAAAGUUAUGGAACAGUGUGCUGCAAUUAUGUGGGUUCAGUAUAUUGCUGGUUCGUCCAAGUUUCCUGGAGUGAGGAUAAAAGGUAUGGAUGGUCGUCGUAAAAGAGAAAUGGGGAGAAAGUCAAGGGACAUAUCAAAGUUAGACCAAAGACAUUGGGAUCAGGUAAAUGAACGGAGAAUUGCACUUGAAUUGGUUCGUGAUGCAAUGGCUACUGAAUUAAGAGUUGUCCGACAAGAUAAGUACGGUUGGGUGCUCCAUGCUGAAAGUGAGUGGCAAGCCCAUCUCCAGCAACUUGUACAUGAGCGUGGAAUCUUUCCAAUGCGUAAAUCCUCAACAAGUGAGGAGCUGGAAUGGCAGCUUUGCCCCAUUGAAGGUCCAUACAGGAUGCGUAAAAAGCUUGAAAGGUGCAAACUAACGAUUGAUACCAUUCAGAAUGUUCUGCAUGGACAGUUUGAGUUAGAGGACUUAGAACUGUCAAAGGAAAAACCUGAAAAUGAACUCAAUACUUCUGACGAGUCUGAUUUGUUUUUCAAUCUUUUAAAUGGCAAUAUAAAAGAGGAUUCUUCUGAUGGUGAGAUGUAUGUCGAGUCGAAUUUGAAAGAAUCAGAUGAUGUAAAAGAUGUUGCUUCUAGUAGAGCUGGAUGGCUUGAAGAUCGGGACAGCAGUAUAAAUGAAAUGAGUGUUCACUCUGCUGCUGAAUUUGGUGUGAAGUCCAGUGCUGCCUCAUUUCGAAGAGCAGAUAGUGUUCAAGGAAAGUCAGAUCUAGGGUCUCCAAGGCAGUCUUCUUCAAUGAGAGUUGACGAAGUGAAAGUGGUUGAGGACAAAUCUGAUAAGGAGUUGAACGAUAAUGGUGAAUACUUGAUCAGACCUUAUCUGGAACCUUUUGAGAAGAUAAAGUACAAGUACAAUUGUGAGAGAGUUGUUGGUCUUGAUAAGCAUGAUGGUAUCUUUCUCAUUGGAGAACUAUCUUUAUAUGUCAUUGAGAACUUUUAUAUUGAUGAUUCUGGGUGCAUAUUUCAGAAAGAAUCUGAAGAUGACCUAUCUGUCAUUGAUCAGGCAUUGGGUGUAAAGAAAGAUUUUUCUCUCAGCAUGGAGUCUCAUUCCAAGUCAACUUCCUCCUGGGGUGCAGCAGUAAAGACAUAUGUUGGUGGAAGGGCAUGGGCUUAUAAUGGGGGUGCUUGGGGAAAGGAAAAGGUGUAUAGUAGUGGAAAUGUGCCCCAUCUAUGGCGAAUGUGGAAGCUUAAUAGUGUUCAUGAGAUUUUGAAGCGUGAUUAUCAACUUCGACCUGUUGCUAUUGAAAUAUUUAGCAUGGAUGGUUGCAAUGAUCUUCUUGUCUUCCACAAAAAGGAGAGAGAAGACAUAUUCAGAAAUUUAGUUGCCAUGAAUCUCCCUAGAAACAGCAUGUUGGACACAACAAUCUCAGGUUCAACAAAACAGGAAAGCAAUGAAGGCAGUCGCCUUUUUAAGGUUAUGGCCAAAUCGUUUUCCAAGAGGUGGCAAAAUGGAGAAAUCAGCAACUUUCAGUAUCUAAUGCAUCUAAACACUUUAGCUGGUCGUGGAUAUAGUGAUUUGACACAAUAUCCAGUUUUUCCCUGGGUUUUGGCUGAUUAUGAGAGUGAAGAUCUGGACUUGUCAGAUCCCAAAACAUUCCGCAGGCUUGACAAACCAAUGGGGUGUCAAACACCAGAAGGAGAAGAGGAGUUUAGGAAAAGAUAUGAAAGCUGGGAUGAUCCCGAAGUUCCCAAAUUUCAUUAUGGUUCUCAUUAUUCUAGUGCUGGGAUUGUGCUCUUUUACCUUAUACGCCUGCCACCAUUCAGUACUGAGAACCAGAAGCUGCAGGGUGGACAGUUUGAUCAUGCUGAUCGUCUUUUCAAUAGUAUAAAGGAUACAUGGUCAAGUGCUGCUGGAAAAGGUAAUACAUCAGAUGUCAAGGAACUGAUACCAGAGUUCUUCUAUAUGCCAGAAUUUCUGGAAAACAGAUUCAAUCUUGACUUGGGUGAGAAACAAUCAGGGGAAAAGGUUAAUGAUGUCAUAUUACCUCCUUGGGCAAAAUCCAGUGUAAGAGAGUUCAUCAGGAAGCACAGGGGAGCAUUGGAGUCUGACUAUGUUUCCGAGAAUCUGCAUCACUGGAUAGACCUUAUCUUUGGGUACAGGCAGAGAGGAAAGGCUGCUGAAGCAGCAGUAAAUGUCUUCUAUCAUUAUACCUACGAAGGCAGCGUUGAUAUUGACUCAGUAACAGAUCCAGCAAUGAAAGCCUCGAUUUUAGCACAGAUUAAUCACUUUGGCCAGACUCCUAAACAACUAUUUCUUAAGCCACACCCUAAACGGCGGUCUGACAGAAAAUUACCUCCUCAUCCACUCAAACACUCUCUGCAUCUUGUUCCUCAUGAGAUACGUAAGAACUCAUCCUCUAUAUCUCAGAUAGUAACUUUCAGUGACAAGAUUCUUGUGGCUGGGGCAAAUACUUUGCUGAAACCCAGAACAUAUGCCAAAUACAUUGCCUGGGGUUUUCCUGAUCGUAGCUUGAGGUUUAUGGGCUAUGAUCAAGAUAGGCUUCUCUCAACUCAUGAAAAUCUUCAUGGAGGCAACCAGAUACAGUGCACCAGUGCUAGCCAUGAUGGCCAGAUUCUGGUUACUGGGGGGGAUGACGGGUUGCUUUGUGUUUGGCGUGUUGUUAAAGAUGGGCCACGUGCUCUAAGGCAACUGCAGUCGGAGCGGACACUUUGUGCUCACACAGCCAAAAUAACAAGCCUUCAUGUCAGUCAGCCUUACAUGAUGAUUGUGAGCGGGUCAGAUGAUUGUACUGUUAUACUAUGGGAUCUUAGCUCAUUAGUUUUUGUUAGGCAGCUUCCUGAGUUCCCUUCUCCAGUUUCUGCAAUAUACGUAAAUGAUUUGACUGGGGAAAUUGUGACUGCAGCAGGUGUUACACUUGCUGUUUGGAGCAUCAACGGUGACUGCCUUGCAGUUGUCAACACAUCACAACUCCCAUCUGAUUUUAUACUAUCACUUACAGGGUGUACCUUCUCUGAUUGGCUGGAAGCUAACUGGUAUGUCUCUGGUCACCAGAGUGGGGCUGUUAAGGUCUGGAAAAUGGUUCACUGCUCUGAGGAUGUAGUCCCAACCAAAAUGACUGGAAACUUGACUGGGGGCUUAAACCUUGGAGAUGAAGUGCCUGAGUACAGGUUGGUUCUGCACAAGGUAUUGAAGUUUCACAAGCAUCCUGUCACUGCUCUUCACCUUACAAGUGAUCUAAAGCAGUUACUGAGCGGGGACUCUGGUGGACACUUAGUUUCAUGGAUGCUGCCAGAUGAAAGCUUGAAAUCUUCAAUUAAUCAGGGGUAACGAUGAGAAUUCAACGAUAUUUUUUUGGUUGAGGACCACUAUGUCCGGCUUUUGAUAUCUGUCCCUGAACAAGUUCUCUUUCAUUUUCGAAAGAAGGGACUUUAGCGCCACCUCAGACUAAUAAGACAAGUGCUGGACGAGAACAGAGACUACUGAUCUUUGGGAUGGGGGAAGUAAUCUGUUGGUGCUUAUGAUACUUCUGAAGCAUAUAGUCUCCGUUCUUUGCCUAGUGCCUUAAAAGAUGAGCAUGCGGGAGGCUGGGUGUAUCAUAUGUUGCCUUCUUGGUGGGUUCACGCGGAAGGUGGGUCUUGACUUUUGGAUGAGCCAAGGUAUCAACUUUCCCGAGGCUGUUGUACAUAAGUAGGGUAAAUGAGUCAAUGAGGUUGUAUAGCAGGAGGAUUUGUUGUUCAAGAUUCAGCUUUUUGUUACCUGGAAAAUGAAGUUUUGUGGAGUGUAAGCGGUUCAUAGAGUGGGUAUUCUUUUUGGCUUAAAUUCAUUUUCCAUGUAUGGAGGAGGGGGGGCUAUCGUCACCCCCUUUUUGUUUCAAAAUAUAUGAUCAAAUGUACAAUUCUUAUACAUCGUGUACAAAAAUGGAGUGCGGGCCUUAGGUUCCGCCCAUUCUGUAUUUUAAUAGCAUGGAAUGGAAAUGUUUUUCUGUUAAA